AUGACGUUCCUCUCGCUGUUCUGUUUGGUUUCGUUCAUUGGGUUUGAUGGGAUUGUUUUCCUCAGUUCCUCGGUUGAACCCAACAAGCAAAACAGGUCUUUGUUGCGGAGCACUCCAGAGGAACGCCAAAUAUCACACCCAAGCAACCGGUCCGUCGUGGAUUCACGGAGGCCGUCGGCACUUGAGUUUCAAGAUCUUACCGAAAAGAGUAACUCUGGCAGUGUUCUGGCCGCGAGUCGAAGAGAAUUAGAUAGCUUGGACUCCGAUGACGGGCUGUCAGAUUUUACAUAUCGCCUCUUCGGUCAAAUUCAUAUGACGGCCGUCGGCGCCCACGUUCGCGGGCGCCGUUUUAUCACCGAAAUUGAGUCUGCGGUGGCAAAAGCUCGCAACUGUCGGCCCCACAAUUGGGAGGCAAAGCUGUUGUUUCCAGGCCUGCAAAGCACCCUUCAGAACGGCGCUUUCGCAGUGGGGGUGGGGGAGUCUUUAAAAAAACUCAAUUAUAAUUUCCAAAAACCACCACCACCACGGCGGUCCUCUCAACAACCAACCUACGGAAUUGAGAUAGAGAUGUUGGAGAUAUCAGAGAUGUGGGCACAGCGAAUGGGGCGAGUACCUCUGUACGAGGUACAUAGGUCGAAGCCUAGUAGAGUGAUCCGUACCAAGGCUGGGGUUUGA